UUUCCCUCGGACAGCCCCCCCCCACGGUGCACAAGCCACAUUGUUUACCUCAUAUCAACCAAGCAACUCACACAAUUACAAAUCAUUGAAGAGACUUGGGAGACUAGAUAUCUCAUGGCUAGAUCUAGCAUCAGUCUUGAUUCAGAAAUUGGCUGGCAAAAUGCUUCGUUGCUGAAAGAGCUGCAAAAGUACCACAUCAAUGAAAACGAUGAUGAGCCUAUCCGAGGAGUGAGAGUGGCCUACUACAACAGCAGUGAUCCCUCAGAGUCAGACCAUUCUGAUGUGCACAAUGAGCACUGGAAAAAAGCUCUCAUUGAUAAGCCUAGGUCUCUGGAGGUAGGUACGGUAACUGGGUUUGACUUCGGAGAAGGAGUUGUGUCUGUGUUUUGGGACUGCGGAAACAAGAUAACCUAUACGUACGAUCGCUGGAAGAAUUUGACAGUGUACAGCCUUGGGCCAGCAGGUUAUCUUGGUCAGAUGGUAUUCUGUGACAAGUGUCUCGAUCCAUCAAAGGGCCUUGCCUUCAGGCUGGCUAGGCAAAACACAAGUGUGGGAGAUCUUUACGACCUCUGUGUUCAGUGCUACAAUGAAGGAGACGAUGAGCAUAUAAUGAGUCAUUUCCAUUGCAACAUACCAAGUGGGAACAUAGACCAAGAUGAUGACGAUGUCAAAAAAGUAUCUUUACCCACACGAGAAGAGUCAAGUAAGUAUUUACUUGUGGGAAUAUUCAAGCACGCUACUGUUGAGGCUCAUAGUGACUGCAACUCAGCAAGUAGUACAGGUGAAGUCCUUAGCAUUGUUCAUGAGAAAGGGAAUCACAAUCUGAGAAAGGCUAAAUACUACGACUCGUGUGCUGAGGUCAAACUCCAGGACGGCUCGUCGCUGGUCUACUGGGAGGCUGGGAGUGGCGGGAAAGUGGAGCUUAAAGCCGUCAAACCUGGAGAAGCCCCAUUUCCGGUUGCUAUAGACCACUUUAUUAAAUUUGGGGAUAUCAUUCUCAAAGAGAUGUACACAUACAAGACGAAGCUUACAAAAAUGAACGAGACAGUAUUGAGCUAUUGCUUCAUGCGAAAUAAGCCUGAUGGCACUUGCUAUUCGCUCACAAUCAGUGGAACAGAAUUGACACAAAUUACCGAUACCGAAAUCUGGCGACGUUGUAAAGACCUGAAAAUCGUAAUCUUGUUGAUGAAUGAGCUAGACUCAUUGCCUGCCAAGGAAUUGCUGAAGUAUGCAUCUACCAUAGAGCUUGUUUGCAUCCAAAAUAACAAAUUCAUAGCCGUUCCACCGAUUAUCUACAAGCUGACCAAUAUCAAGCACCUCAAUCUCCACGGGAACCAAAUCUCGACAUUUCCUUCUGAACUGCAAUCUUUAAAACACCUUGAACGCCUUAAAUUUGGCCAUAACAACCUGUACUCUCUUCCAGACAUAUUUUGUGGCUUCAAAUGCCUCAUUGAAAUAACAUUCAACAACAAUUUUCUAACUAGACUUCCUCCAUCAUUUGCCGAGCUCACAAGACUAGAGUGUAUUGAUCUCACAAACAAUUCAUUUACCUGCAUCCCGGCACCUUUACUCAAGCUACCGAAUCUAAAAUCUAUCUAUAUGAGGUUCAACAGAAUCCACAGGCUGUCUCCGCUUGAAGACAUAGAAGGAAAGAACACUCGUGCUCUAUUGCUGAAAUUGGUUACACUUUCACUUCGAGGAAAUCCGAUCUAUAUGCGACUCAAAUUUUUACCAGGUAAAACUAAAGCUUUAGAGAAUGUUAGAGCUAACUUCUUAAAACUUGGCCAGAUUCCUGGUCAAACUACAAAAGCUCUUCGUGUGCUUGUACUAGGCUCGUGUGGUGCUGGUAAAACUAGCAUCGUAGAUGCUUUAAGCUUUGAGAAAUAUGUGACUCCAACUUCUGAAAUGCACCACGAUCACACUGUCGGCAUCGAUCGGUUUUCAAUUCCAGUGAAAAUGAAAACUAUAUAUACUGAGGACUGCAUUGUUGAACUCCGCCUAUGGGACUUUGCUGGAGAGAGAAGCUACAUCAUGAUGAAUGACCUCUUCAUUACAAAUGGUACACUAAUUUGGAUAGCCAUAAAUUUCCAAAGAUAUGAGUGCACACCCAAAAGUUUUAAGCUGUAUGUAGCUAAUUGGUUACAGCAAAUUAUGAUCAAGAAUGUUAGGCCUAUUGUAUGGAUCAUCGGUACACACACAGACAAAUGUGAACCACAAGACGUUCAAAACAAAGCUGAACAUAUUCGGAGCAUGAUUGAAGAUGAAUGCAAACUGUUUCGUAAAGAACUAAAGAAUGAGCUCGAAACGUUGAGAACAAUAGAAGCAACAAGUAAAUAUGGAAACCGAUCACCGAAAUGUGUUCAAAAAAACAUUAAACAUCUCAAUGAUGUCAAUGAAAACAGCGUACCUUGUUUUGUUUUGCAUCAUUUGAAAGUACUUCAUCUGACAAAUACGCACACAUUAUCGGGAUUUGCUAAUUUGAAAGAUAAUCUUGCUUGCUUUCUUGACAAUGAAUCUUUUGCUUAUCUCACGUUACCACUCACUGUUAAUCAGCAAAAAGCAGCCGACGUGCUUCGAUAUGAAACUGAAAAGCUUCUGUCAGAUGGACAAGCCCCUAUUUUAGAAAAAUCCCGAGUGCUGGAAUUUAUCAGGAAUGAACUAGGACAACAAUCAAGCGAUAAAGAAGCGGCAUCGUUUCUUAAAUACCUCCAUCAAUCUGGCCACCUGUUAGAUUGCGAGUCAAACGUUGUCGUGUACGUCAUAAUGGAUGUUGAUUGGUUGAUUGAUUUGUUGAAACAAGUGUUUCACCAUGAUUUUUCAGCGAUGGUAGCUGAGAAAAAGAGAAGGUCUGCUUUUAAUCAAUUAACUGAUGAAAGCAUUCAGCGGGCUAUUAUGAUUCAGAAGCAAUCAGGAGUAGUUGAGCAGCCAUUGCUCAAAGCACUGUGGCCAUUAAAUCCUAACGUUUUUAAAGAUCUGGUAAACUUACUUCAAACGUAUGGACUGGCUUAUGAAACAACUGAUCCAUCUGGUUAUUUAUUUCCAUGGUUAGUGACGGAAAGCAGUCCCAAUCUAGUACCACCCACUCUUGCUGCCUUUGAAAGUCGAAUCAUGGUAUCGUAUGAGUUUUCACCUUGCCUUCCAAUAUGCUUCCUACAGCAGCUAGCAGUUAGGUGUAAGGAGGGUGUUUCUAUUAAGAAUGUUUGUACUAAUUCAUUCAUUGUAUACGAAUCAAAACAGCUAUCUCCAAUGGAAGACGAAAUAGCUACGCACACCGUGCUGGUUUCAAUUAAACACGAGAAACAGUGUGGGCAAAUUAAACUGUAUGCUACCACAGAUAGAAGUAAGGAUAGGUCAUUAAUGAAGGAGUUGUGGUUCAUGGUAAUGCAAAUAGUUAAGAAAAUGGAAACACUUUUGUGUAAUUGGACGUUUUACAGUAAAUUUCAAAGAAAGGUGUGCUGUCCUCUUUGUACCGUGUCUUUGAUUGAUCUGCAAAUUCAGAGACAAGUUGGAUGUCUACAGCAAGGACGUGAAUGCUAUAAAUGUGCCAGUAAAAUUCCAUCAGGCUACAUAGUUCCACCAGCCGAAUACCAAAUAAACAGAUUUGUUGAUGGUCAGGAUCCCAGUUCACCAUCAACACCUCUCUUGCAGCGAUCAACAUCUAUUCCAUUGGAUGCUGCUGUUACAGCUGAUGAAAGACGUACGCAUCGGUCAUAUUCCGUUCCUUGUCCCUAUGGCCUCAAGCUUUUAUCGAUUCCAGAUCCGGAGCAACAUGAGUCACCACUUCAUCAUGCCUCACAUUCUUGUCCUGCUAGGAGAUGUCCAGUCCUGUCACAAUACCACAAGCAAGCCGCCUUCAAUACACACCCUACACAGUUAUCUGAUAGUAUAGCACCAAUCCAGGAGGAAGGAGAUGACCUAUUUCGUAUGGAAGCUGAUCGUGAUGCAGAACCAAUUCAAGCUACUCCUGACUUUCCACAACUGUCAUCAGAUACGUCGCUCGCCUAUGCUGCUGUCAAGAAAAUGGUACUGCUGCACAGCAAUCAUGUUCACAAAGCUCAUGUUUACACCAGACGUAUAAAUCGGAAAGAUCAACUUUUAUUAGCGUAUAAUUCCACUGAUUGUGAUUGGAAAGGCCUACUGGCAAAUCUAGGCAUAUCUCACAUUCCUAAUAUUGAGAAGGUAAUUCUGUCUCGAUCUGAUGACGGUAGUGGAGAGCCCCCAUUAAGAAAUGAGCUCAUCUAUCAAGUGCUGUGGGAGUGGAUGACCAAACAAGGAUCGAGAGCCACUGUUUCCGGUCUGGCAACAGCCGUAAUUAACUCAAAAAAAGAAAGUUUCUGGGAUGAUGCAUUUGCACUAUUAUUCAAAAGCAAUCGUUAGUUUCAUUAACACAAUAUCAAUGUCAACUCAAAGUCUUUACACGCUAGAACACAACGCUAUGCUAGCUAAUUGUCACUAGGAAAUAGGAAACUCUGAAUGUUUAGUAAAUGUCACUUACAAACACCGACAAACAUGUACAACACCUCCCUCGCCCAUUUUUUGUGUCCCCGAACACAGCACCCCCUCCUUAUCACGUCUAGCAGAUCACCAGGGUGAAGAUAAUAUUAUUUCAUCACUUGAAUUUGUUCAAAGCUGUAAUUGUAUACAUGAAUCGAGACUUAAUUUUAAAAUGGCCA